AUGGAGUCUAUGGGGGAGAAGAACCGCACCAUGGUAACAGAAUUCAUCCUGCUGGGAUUCAGGAGUGGUCCUGCGACUCAGGAGCUGCCCUUUGUGGUGUUCCUUGUGUUUUACAUAGCCACCGUGCUAGGAAACACUAUUAUGGUUCUCAUCAUUCGAAUCGACCCUUGUCUUCACACCCCCAUGUAUUUCUUCCUCAUGAACCUGUCUCUCCUAGACCUCUGCUAUUCCUCAACCAUUGCCCCCAAAGCCAUGUCCACCUUCCUACAAGGCAGCAAAACGAUUUCCUACAAUGGAUGUGCUGCUCAGUUGUUCUUUUUUGCUCUCUUUGGCAGCACAGCCUUCAUCCUCACAGCGAUGGCAUAUGAUCGAUACGUAGCCAUCUGCAACCCACUCCUCUAUUCUGUCACCAUGUCCAAAAGGGUCUGCAUUCAGCUCAUCGUGGUCUCCUAUAUCUGUGGUGGCACCAAUUCUUUUGUGCAAACCAGCUUCACCUUCGCACUGAGCUACUGUGGGCCUAAAGAAAUCAACCAUUUCUUCUGUGAUGUUCCCCCCUUGCUAACUUUGACCUGCACCCCUGAUAUGCACAUCAAUGAACUGGUGCUGUUUGUUAUAUGUGGCUUCAUCAUAGCGAGUACCUUGGGAAUCAUUCUAAUCUCCUACAGCUACAUCAUCUAUGCCAUUCUCAGGAUUCACUCUGCCAAGGGCAGGCUCAGGACCUUAUCCACCUGCUCCUUCCACAUGGUGGCUGUCGCUUUAUUUUUUGCAACUGUUUCCUUUAUGUAUGCUCAGCCAGGUUUUCUAUCUUCCCCACAUCUGAGCAAGGUGGUGUCUGUGUUUUAUACCCUUGUCAUCCCAAUGUUGAAUCCCUUCAUCUACAGCCUCAGGAACAAGGAUGUGAAAGAUGCUUUGAGGAGAAUGAUAGGUAGAAAAAUGAUUUUAAGAUAA